AUGAACAACGAAGAAUAUCAAAAAAUGGUCCGUGAGCAUUGGUCUUAUCAGCUUGUGCGGGAAUUGGCAGACGAAAAAUUGCAUUUGGAUAGUACCCAGCUUUCGGUCGCGAUCAGAGAUCUCUUUCCCAAGGCACGUUUCCAUUAUCUCGUGCUACCGAAGAAAGAAAUUGAUACGCUGCAUGAACUGACGAUUCAAGAUAUUGAUUUAUUGAAGGAUAUGUACGAUCUUGGACUACGUGUGAUACGUAAAAACGGGUUAAAUCCAAGCCACUUCAAAUUCGGAUAUCACCUUGCACCGCACAUGAAGCGGCUUCAUCUCCACGUAAUUUCUACGGACUUCCAUUCUCGGUCAUUGAAAAGGCGGCACCACUGGACUAUAUUCAACUCCGAUCUGUUUAUGACACACGAUGCUGUGCUGAAGGAACUUGCAUUACAUGGUGUUAUUCAACCUCGGCCGAUGGACUAUAUUCGUGCUUUGCGCGAGGGUCCCUUAACAUGCCAUCGCUGUGCUUUUACAACCAGUUUAACUGAGCAAUGGAACAAGGAUCUUUAUUGUCUCCAAUGA